AUGGCUGCAGAUCAGGGUCAAGAUCUAAUUACACUCACGACGAACAAGCUUUCUUCUGAUGGCGUCUCUGAAUCUGUGACGUGUCCCUCCUGUGGCGCUAUAUCUCUGUUUAUUGGGACUACCAGAGAUAAUUUUGAGGGAAAGAAAGUAAUACGUCUUGAAUAUGAGGCAUACAUUCCAAUGGCAGAGUCAGAACUGAGGAAGAUCUGCAGUGACAUCAGGACAAAGUGGCCCAGCAUCAGACAUAUCAGCAUACAACACAGACUUGGUGUGGUUCCUAUAACUGAAGCAAGCGUUAUAAUUGGGAUCUCAUCACCGCACAGAAGUGAGUCCCUGGAGGCGGUGAAGUACGCUAUUGACACACUCAAAGCCACUGUACCAAUCUGGAAAAAGGAAAUAUAUGAGUCUGGGCAGCCUUGCUGGAAAGAGAACAAGGAGUGUUUGUGGGCGGAUGAUGGAAAAGAUCCUAAGGAAAGUUGAACUGUUAAAUGAGCAAAUGGGCUACAGUAAGUCUCGUGAAGCAUCAAGCACUUUUUAUUGAAAAAAUACAAAGCUCAAGUUCUCCUGUAACACCUGAUAAAACACAAAUACAGAUUUUCAUCAAACGAGUAUAUUCUGCUCUUUUUUUUUUGUAAAGAAUAGAAAGAUUUACAAAAGG